UAAAGAAUUGAACAAGAAAAAUUUUUUUUUUUGUUUUCACACCAAAAAUCCCCUUUUUUAUCAUUUGAAUCAGCGUUAAAACUUUAGAAAUAUUUGCAACAAGUAUAUAAAUCAACCAUACACACAUAAACAAACAAUCGAAUAAAUGAAUAUUGAUUCAGCUUUUUUUUCUGAUGGAAUCAUCAACAUUUUUCAAAUUUUGAUUAUGAUGAUGAUGAUGAUGAUGAUAUAAACAAAACGUCAUCAUUAAAUAUAUAAUACACCAUUUGCAGAUAAAUCAACAUUUGAAUGAUAGCAAAACGAAUUUGUAUCAUUGAUCAUUCGUUCUCAUCAGUCAUUAUUAUUUGUUUUGUUCAACAUACAAUUCGAAGAAAAGCAGACUUGUGUGUGUGUUUUUUUUUCCGUAAUCUUAAAUUCUCUAGAAAAUAAAGAACAUUCUAUGAACAGAAAGAAAAAAGAUUUUCAUCACGAUUCAAUCAAUCAAUCUUCAGCUACCAUCACCGCCAUUGCCAACGAAACAAUUUCAUUGUUUCAUCGGUUUUGGUAAUGGUAAUGGAAUGGAGCCUAUCAUUGAAAUGGAGGAUACGAACGAAGAAGAUUAUAACUUCUCUGGUUCUGCAUACUCUUCAACACCAUCACCACCACCUCCACGUGUUAAUUCUUUAUCAUCUACUCUUACGAUUGGUCCACAUUUAUCAUCAUCAUCAUCAUCAUUAACAACAACAUCAACAACGAUAAAACAACAUUCACAACAAACAUCUGCUGCAACUGCAUUGAUAGAAACGCCUACAAAUGGAACAAUAGUAUCAUCAACAUCAUCAUCAUCAAAUACAGCAACAACGGCAGCGGCAACAAAUGAUUUGAAUGAAUGUGAUUCACUUGAGCAGUCGAAUACCAUACAUAUUUUAUCACCGUUUCAUACAACUACGGCAACAAUGAAUCAAUCAAAUAUUCUUCAUAAUUUGGAUAAUGAUCCAAUUACCGAUCUAUCCAGUAUGAAUCAAAAUUCACAAUUUCGUUCACGUGCAUAUACAUGGCCACAAUCAUUAAGUUUUCAACAACAACAACAAGAUGAAUUUGGUGAUGAUCAAUUACAUGGUGAUGGUGAUUUCUCUGAUAUGGUCAUGGGUAUUGGCUGUGAUGGUAUUACCUCAAAUGCUAUCAAUCCAUCUGUACUAACUUCAUUAGAUUUAACCGAUGUUGAUCCAACAUCAUUAUCAACAUCGAAUCAACAGCAACAUCAUCAGCAAUCACCACUACAACAACAGCAACAAACACAAUCACCUUAUUUGUUGCAAAAUAAUGUCGAUACUUCAAUGUAUAUGUUUGAUGAUCCGGUUAAUGAUCAUAACGAUCCGAAUGGACGUUCAGGAUUAAUCAAUCCAAUACAGAUUCUUUCUUCACAUCAAUUUCAGCAGCCACAGCAACAACAACAUUCACAUCAACAUAUUUAUCCGUCUAAUUCAUUUCAAUCGAAAUCAUCAUCAUCACCAACAACAACAUCAUCAACAACAACGUCGAUAAAUGAUAAUAAAACUGUCCAAAAUCAUUCAUCGACAUCAUUAUCUACCUCUGCAUCUACAUCAAUGACAACAUCUAAUAAUAAUAAUAAUAAUAAUAAUAAUAAUAAUCAGAAUAAUUUGAAUGAUAAAACAGAGAAACAACAAUUAUAUUAUACGACACCGGCUGAUAAUAAUAAUGAUAAUACAACAACGGGAAAAUAUUCUAGUCUAAAAGUGCAUGGAUCACUUGGUAGUUGUGCAAGUGAUUCACAAUUAUCUAAUGGACAAACACCAUAUCUUCAUCGUUCUGGUUCAGAAUCCGGUACAUCAUCAUCGGCAACAACAAAAAAGAAUACAUCCAGACGUAAUGCAUGGGGUAAUUCAUCAUAUGCUGAAUUAAUUGCUCGUGCAAUCGAUGGCUCACCGGAUAAACGUCUAACAUUAUCACAGAUAUAUGAAUGGAUGGUACAGAAUGUGACAUAUUUUAAAGAUAAAGGCGAUAAUAAUUCAUCAGCUGGUUGGAAGAAUUCUAUUCGUCAUAAUCUUUCAUUACAUAAUCGUUUUAAACGAAUACAAAAUGAAGGAACUGGAAAAAGUUCAUGGUGGGUAAUCAAUCCAGAUGCUAAACCUGGUAAAGCUCCACGUCGUCGUGCAAUAUCAAUGGAAACACAACAUUAUGAAAAACGUCGUGGACGUGUUAAACGUAAAGUUGAACAGCUUCGUAUGCAAGCAAGAAAUUUUGGCCAAUUAGGCAUCGGUGAUAAUAUUUCGUUGACCACAUUGUCUGAAUAUCCUAAUAUGAAUAAAUCGACAGAUGGCUCAAUGAUUUCUCUUGCAUGCUAUCCAGAACCAUUAGUCAACAAUGAUAAAAAUAUCAUGAAUACAACCAAUUUAAGUUUGACGAAUUUAAAUCUAUCCGAUACGAUCGGUGUUCAUGGUUUACCAUACAAUAAUAAUAUACACGUUACAAGUCCUGGUUCAACAGGAAGUUUUGAGAUAUUUGCUGAUUCAACAGCUUUGAAUCGUAUUGGAUCACAUUUUCAUACAUCAAGUUAUAGUCCAAAUGAGUUUAGACCACGUGCAUCAUCAAAUGCAUCAUCCACAUGUUCGAAUCUGUUGCUCGAUAUUCAAGACAAUCAUCAGGUUUCAUCAAUGUCACAGUGGUAUGGAUCGUCAACCAUAUCCAAUGGUUACAAUACUGGUAAUCAACAACCACAUUUGGAUUCACAUCUAAUGGAAUGUUUGAAUUUGGAAAACGUACAAAUUGAUCCACCACAUCAGAUUGCUGAUCCUAAUUAUCAAUUAAUGGUUGAACAACAACAACAAGAUAUACAAAUGUUAUCGGCCCCAUUGAUUCCAAAUGUGGAAGAAUCAUCCACAUCAACAAAUCAAAUGGAUACAGAUAUAAUAACCAAGACAAGAAAUACACAAUCUCAAUCUCAAAACAAUUCGACACCAUUAUCUACAUCAUCAUCAUCAUCAUCAUCGAUGACAUUAUCAACGACAACAACUAGCUCAACAAAACAGAAUAUUCGUCGUGGUUCAUAUCGUGAUCUCUUUAAUCGGGUUCAACAGGGACAGCAACAACAAAAACAAGAGCAAAAUUUAUCUCGUCAUUCACCACCAAAUGGUAACCAUCAACAUUUUCAUCAUCAUAAAAACCAUCAACAACAACAAUCAAUAUCACCAACAGCAUCGUCUUCAUCAUUAUCAACAACA